GGAAGGCCGGAGGAGCCUGCGCUGAUCAGCUGGUCUCUGCAGAUAUCCGACUCCUGCAAAACGAUGUAAGGAGAAAAAGUGCUGAAUGUCACAAUUGCCGGGAGGUGAAACACCGGAUCACACACACCGUCGCGGUUCGCCGACCGACCGGAUCCAGCACGGCUGCAAGAUUUUUUUUUUCAGCAGCUCUUCCGCUCGAUUCAACGUGAUACGCGGACGACUACAGUAUAAUCCCAGUCUCAUCUGUGUGUGUUUACCUGUGCUGUUUCACGUUUCAGUAAUGCGAAAGCGAAAAGGCAGCGCAGACCAUGACAGCUCGUUCACGGCUAGCGUUACACUACUGGACGGCAGCUCCGAUCUAAAGCAGUGCCACAAAAAGACAGACGCUGCCUCUGAUCCAGGAGGCUCGGGUACCGCGAUGGGGAGACGCUACAGGAGGGGUGGUCUGAUAUGGAGGCUGAGGAGGAUACUGAUCUGGGUGCUGGGAAUCUACAUCGCAGUCCCUGUUAUCAUCAAAGUCUGUCCAUCAAUACAAGCUAAAUUAGUCUUUUUAAACUUUGUGCGAGUGCCGUAUUUUAUAGAUCUGAAGAGACCACAGGAUCAGGGCUUGAAUCACACUCGCAACUUCUACCUGCAGCCUGAGGAGGGAAUUAACAUUGGAGUGUGGCACACAGUACCUUCAGUGAUGUGGAGGGAGGCUCAGGCAAAAGAUGCUGAAUGGUAUGAAAAAAGCUUCCAGUCCAGUCAUCCAGUCCUCCUUUAUCUCCAUGGCAAUGCUGGAACAAGAGGAGGAGAUCACAGGGUUCAGCUGUACAAGGUUCUUAGUUCAUUAGGCUACCAUGUAGUCACAUUCGAUUAUAGAGGUUGGGGUGACUCUGAGGGCAGCCCUUCAGAGAAAGGCAUGACGUCAGAUGCUCUCUUCCUCUACCAGUGGAUAAAGCAGCGGAUUGGCCAGAAGCCUCUGUACAUCUGGGGUCACUCGCUCGGCACAGGAGUGGCCACUAACCUAGUGAGACGUCUGUGUGACAGGGGAACGCCCCCAGACGCCCUAAUUUUAGAGUCACCCUUUACCAAUAUCAGAGAAGAAGCCAAGAGCCAUCCCUUCUCUAUGGUUUACAGAUAUCUGCCAGGCUUUGACUGGUUCUUCCUGGAUUCUAUUACUGCAAAUGAUAUCCGAUUUGCCAGUGAUGAAAAUGUCAACCACAUAUCCUGUCCGGUUCUGAUACUGCACGCAGAAGACGACACAGUCGUACCUUUCCAGCUGGGAAAGAAGCUAUAUGAUUUGGCGGCUCAGAGCAAGAGUCUGAAUGGUCAUAAGGUUCAGUUCAUCCCGUUCCCCAGCUCUCUGGGCUACAGACACAAGUUCAUCUACAAGAGCCCACAGCUUUCACAUAUACUCAGUGAUUUCCUCAAUGCGCCGCAUCCUCACGUGUAGUCAGGAUCAUUUCAGCCGACUGCCCUCUCUCACACACUCUCAGUAAAACACACACACAUCUAUGUGAUCUGCACCGUGUACUUGCACACACAAGCAUGGACUGAAGAUGCACCAGUUCUUUUGCAUUCCUUUGUUAACCUAAAACCUGGAGGGAGAAAGUUCUCAUCAUUAAGAAAGUGACAGGGCUGAGUGCUUUCUUACACCGCCUCCUGUUGCCAUGGUAACAGAUCUGAAGUGGCAGCUGGAGCAUGAAGUAUGCAAAAUAAUAUGCAGAUAAUGCACUUAAAUAAUGCUUAAGUCAACAACCCCUUUUCAAAGGAGAGACGUACUGAUGAAGUUUUAGCGAUGGCACUGCGAAGACCCCAUGAGGAUUAUGAUCAAAGGGAUGAAAGAGGACAAGUUGCUAUAAUGAUGUCAUUGUCAGUGCUUGCUGACUGCAGUUCACUCCUUUUUUACGAACAUAAAACAACGACAAUAUCAUGGACCUUAUUUCAAUUCUGAAAUCCACUCAAUGUGAACAGCGAGUUGUGUACAAUAAAAUGUAUUUUCUUUUUUUUUUCGACUUUAUUUUUCUCACGAUUUGAAUCAUUUUGCUAGUUAAAACUAUUUUAAUGCAAUGUUAUGUGUAUUGUGAUUAUGCUGUUGUGUUUGCUUGGUAUGUAUGCAACUCAACUGCAUCACAACUGAAUGAGUUUUCAUUAUUUUAAUGCAUUUGGUUGCUCAAUACUAGUUUGCAUGUCUGUUACUGAAGAUAUAAAAGAUUGUUGCACAGACAAAAGACAACAGAAAACUGUAUGAAACCUUUUUCUUUACUUGGUUAUGUGGGUUAUAUAUUUUCUUUGGUCUUUAUACUCUCACUUUGCACAUUCCAAAAAUAAAUAAAUAAAAUUAAUUAUUACCAUAUGUUGAAUACCAAAAUCAAAAACCUUAGUGACAAAUCUUAAUUUAUUUUUAUUACAUUUAUUACCCAAGUGAUAUACACUAUUGUUCAAGGAGUCUUAUGCUCAUCAAGGCUACUUUUUAAUUGAUCAGAAGUACAGUAAGAACUUAUUUAAACAAAUGUAUUCUUCAAUAUUAUUAAAAAUGUUAAUAUAUUUUAAUUUUAUUCCUGUGAUGUGAAUCGAAAUUUUCUCCAGUCUUCAGUGUUACAUAAUCCUAAUCAUUCUAAUAUGCUGAUUCGGUGCUCAAAAACGUUUCUUAUUAUUAUUAAUGUGCUGCUUAAUAUUUUUGUGUAAACUAUGACGCCUUUCUCAGAAAGUUUAAAGGAACAGCAUUUUUUGACAUGUCAAUGUUUUUACUGUCACUUUUGAUCAAUUUAAUGUGUUCUUGCUGAAUAAAAAUAUGAAUUUCUUUCCAAAAGAACCCCCCAAAAUUCGGAAUUUUCUAUAACCAGCUCAUUUACUCAAAAUUAACUUUUAGCGUAUCUUGCAAUGUUUUAUAAUUGUGUUCUUUAAUUUGGUGGAAUAUGUGUAAUGGAUUGUAACAUGCACAAAGUAAAUGAGGCAAUACUCUAGUCAAGGAUACCAAGAUCCAUGACUCUACGAAACAGUGAGCAAUAAUGACACAUCUUUGAUUUGCUCUAAUGUCUUGUCAUGUGUAUAUGAUGAAUAUAUUUGCUUCACAGUGUGCACUGACCAUCUGACAAUUCUUAUUUGCAUAUUUAAAGUAAUUGUCACUGUAAUACAGCCCCAUUGAGACUCAAGGUCUGCUGUAUUGUUGCUCUGUGUGUCAGGUUAUAUAUAUAUAUAUUUUUUUUUUUCUCAAAUCUUUCUGCUCAAAUUUGAUUUAAAUUUCUUUAGGGCUGAUAAUAAUAACAAGGUUAUGUGUGCAUGCAAGCUUUAAUGGUAGAUCUAGGCUGUCCGCUGGUGUUAUUGAUGUUAUUUUCGGAAAGAAAUUGUAUUAUAAUUUUUGUUUUCAUCUGCUGUCGUGUGACUGAUGCAGUGAAAGAAAAACACAACCAAAAUCUCUUAGCUUGUGAAGGACUAUGUAGAAAUGAUGUAGAAAUGAUCAUUUUAGCAAGACCACCAGGUUAUAGAUGAAGUGCAAUAAUAUCUAAAGCAGAAGGACAAACAUAUGUUAGACCAAAAAAAAAAAAACCUAUAUAUGAACAUGAAGCCGCUCACUUAUUCAGUAUAUUCCAUUGAACUAGAAUGUAAAAAUGGACCAUAAAAUAUUUGGAUGUUAAUGCUCUGAACUCAAGAUAUUAUUCUGCUGUCUUUGUUGAUGUUGACCAAACUUUGCAUAUUUGAAGCCAACACUUCUUAUAUUUAAAAAUUAUUUUUUGUAAUGAAAUACUGCCCAGUUAUUUCAACAGCAAUGGUUACUUUUUGCAGAAUAUAUCAUGAGUGGUUUACAAUGUUUGUUUUGUUCUAAGCUGCUAAAAUUAACAGGACACAUGCACAGAAGUAAGUACACAAUGUUUAUUUGUAAACAAUAAAAGACUGGAUAAGAA